UCAUUUUCAUUUGUCGUACCAUGUGGUGUUGGUGAUGAGCUCCUCUCUCAGGCCCCUCUUGUCCGCCGAAGAGCAAGGCAGAUAGCCUCAACGUGCUCACUCGUAAACCAUGACCCCGCAUGUGAUCAGGGUGCCCCACAGCCCCGCAUUUCACUCCUCUGCAAAGUGCUCCUCGCUGCUCUCCAUGCCUGUCGGCUUCUAGCAAAAGUUUCGAUGCUCAAUCAUUGCGGGAUCAGGCGGGUAGUAUGAUGCGCAGUGUGGGAUAACUGUCAAUUGUCAACGAGCUCCUCUCAGAUAGCCACAGCUCGUGACGGAAACUGAGCAUACAACAACAUGUCAACUUUCCAGCGAUGACAAGUCCUCCAAAGUAUCAACUGGUAUAUAAGUCGAUCAGUUGGAGCGAUCUUCUCUAUUGUCACAGCUUCAGUCACUUACAUCACAUCUACAACUACCCAGCACAAGCUUCAAAUCAUCAAACAUGACCGCGACACCUGCUUUCAACCCUCCUGCCGCCAACCUUCCUGGCAAGCCCUACGUCCGACCUUGGAUUCCACCCCCUGUCACUAAGGAGACCCACAACUUCGCCAAACUUAGCAGUAUCAAAUUGUCCUUGAUGGACUCUGAUGACCCCGAAGUCGUCGAUAACCUCGUGCAACAAGUGAAGGGGGCGAUUCGGGAGGAUGGGUUCCUGUUCCUUGAGGACUACGGUGUAUCACUCGAACAACUUCACCGACAGUUUGCACUUGCUCAAUAUCUCUAUGACAACAUUGCAGAAGAAGACAAGGAAGCACUCCUCUUCCACCCUGACACUGGUCGUUGGGCUGGCUACAAACACCCCUACGGUUUCAAGCGUCACAAGGGCACCAAGGACGGUAUCGAACAAUUUAACUGGUACACCGCUGAGUGGGACGACAUCAACCGCGUGCCCAAGUGUCUCCACCCCUUCAUGGACGAAAUCAGGGCUUUCGCUGAGUAUCUCACCGGCUCGGUUAACCGUCGGCUUCUCACUCUCUUCUCCCGAGUCCUCGAGCUCGACGAUGACUACCUCUGGAACAAUGUCCAAUCCCACGGCUCUCCCACCGGCGAAGGCUACUUCCGCCAUGCUCUCUUCCGACCAGUCGAAAAAUCCACUGACGAAGCUUCUAAGGGUCUUCGUAUGCACGGCCAUACUGACUUUGGUCUCACCACUUUGCUCUUCUCUGUACCCGUCUCUUGUCUCCAAAUUUGGGGUAAAGAUGAACAGUGGUAUUAUGUGCCUUACAACCCUGGGUCCUUGGUUAUCAAUAUUGGUGAAACAUUGGAAAUUGUCUCUGGUGGACACUUCAAGGCUACCAGACACAGGGUCUAUAGACCUCCUGCCGACCAACUCCAGACCGAACGACUUUCUCUCGUCCUGUUCAACAGUAGUGUUGGUGAUCUUCGAAUGACUCCUGCCGCUGAGUCACCCCUAAUCAAGCGGGAGGGUUGCAUCGAAGAGCAGGGUGUGUACAAGGAGUUUAAGAGGGUGAUGGACCUCGGUGUGCCUGUGCCCACCAACCGACAAUGGCGAGAAAUUCAGAUUGCAGAGGCCACCGACCCCACGGACACGGAGCGUAACAGGGUUGGCGCUGAUCAGGUCAUCGUCAAUGGCAAACUCAUGCAGACCAGGGAGUACAUGGGUGUUAAGGUCCUUUUGCCUGUGUAAAGAUAUGAAUGAUUGGGCAAUGUAUUUGUAUCUUUAGUUUGUCACUAUGAAAAGGUUGUGGAAUAGGAAUAAUUCCUGUCUUUGUGUUCUAUGCAUGUUUGUCUCUU